CAAUUGUCUUCUUCAAUCCAACAUCACUUUCUAUGUUUUCUCUCUCUUUCUUUAGUGGUCCUUCCCCUUCUUUAAAGCUAGUUCGUUAUCUCUUCUCUUCUUACUCUCUCUUUUUCUAACUACCUUACCACAACUUCCUCUCCUUACCAAGUUUCAUACACACACACACACAAAAAAAAUCUUCUUUCUUUUUCCUUAUCCAUAUGUGUGUAACAAAUUAAAUAAAAGAAAACUACGAUCGAUUUAGCUAGAACAGAGCCAUAUUUAUAACGAAAGAACGAAAAGAGAGACAUUUUUUUGUUGAAUUUAAGGAUGUCGAGCAGAAGGUCGAGGCAAUCAUCAACAGGAUCCUCGAGGAUUUCAGAUGAUCAGAUAAUUGAACUUGUUUCAAAAUUGCAACAACUUCUACCGGAGAUUCGCAAUCGUCGCUCUAGCAAGGCAUCGGCAUCGAAAGUACUUCAAGAAACAUGCAACUACAUAAGAAAUUUGAAUAGACAAGUGGAUGAUCUUAGUGAUCGACUUUCUCAGUUACUCUCAACUAUUGAUGCUGAUAGUCCAGAAGCAGCAAUCAUCAGGAGUUUAUUAAUGUAGUAACUAUAUAUAUACUCCUAUGAAUUAAUUAAUUAAUUAAUGUAUUUUCAUUUCUAAAUAUUUCAGCUAUAUUUAUAUAUAUAUAAAUCUUACUACCAAGAUCUUGAUUUUCUGGUUGUUGUUAAGCUCUAUUAGACUCAGCUGGUCACUAUAGCUAGGCCAAUCAUGAGUUAUAAUUUAAUUAGAACUCAACUAUAUAUUAGUACCAAUGUGAUCCUCCCCUAGCUAAGGGCACACGUACGCUUGUAAUUAUAUUUCCCUUACUUAUAUAUAAUUAUAAUUAAUUAAUAAGA